GAAGAAGUGUUGGAAAGUGACAGUACACUUAUGAAGCUUGUGAAUUAUCCAUAUAAUAUCCUGCACUAUCGCUCGCGCUAUAAAAACGCAGCCCCGGCGCCUAACUCUGGCCUCCUUCCAAUUCACCAGCUCCACUCCACUGACCUAAACUGGCCCCUCCUCCUCUGCACCAGCACGGUGGCAUCGAUCCUGUCCCACUCCCGCGCCUAGCAUGCGGUACUUGCAAUCUUCCGCCGAGCACCUGGCCGCGAUAGCCGCCACGCCGCCGCCGGCGUCCGUGGGCGUCCACACGGACACGUUCCUCAUCCUCGCCGGCGUGCUCUGCUUCCUGCUCUGCGUCAUCGGGCUCGCCUUCGUCGCGCGGUGCUCGCGGCUGUGCAAUCCCUCGGCCUACUCCGUCGACGCGGAGCCGCCCGCCGCGGGCGACGCGGCAAUGCCGACGUGCAAGGGGCUCAAGAAGAAGGCGCUGCAGUCGCUGCCGACCGUGUCGUUCGAGGUCGACGACGAGGUGGGAGAGGAGGCGGAGGAGCGGCCGGAGUGCGCCAUCUGCCUCGCCGAGUUCGCGCGCGGCGACGUGGUCCGCGUGCUCCCGCCCUGCGGGCACGGGUUCCACGCGGCGUGCGUGGACGUCUGGCUCCUGUCCACCUCGACGUGCCCAUCCUGCCGCUGCGCCCUUCUGGUGGCGCCGGCGCCGGAAGCCACGGACCCCCCGCCGUGUUACGCGAUGGCGCAGGCCUCGACUGAAGCAGAGUACUCCGUCGCCGUCGCCGGCGAGCGCGGACCUUGCCAGACGUCGGUACCGUAGGCAACAAGCGUCCGUCUUUGUGCACCUACCUUUUGUACAUAAACGUGCAUACUUGCUCUCAAAUUUUUUCGUUCCGCUGCUGCAAAUGCAACUGUACAGCGUGCAACAUUAAGGGGUGUUCGAUUUGAGGGAUCUAUCCAUCCUUGAUGGAAUGGUCCUUCGUGGGUUAAUCCCUGGUGUUUACAAGCAGACAGGCAGCAACAUAUUACAGACUAUCAGCUAAGAUAUUAUUGACUCGCACAAGGAGUGAUUAGCACGAUGGGAUAGUAGUGCAAAUUCACCCUUGAACUCUUUAAUCACAAGGGUAAAGAGAGUGACCCCAUUGAACAUAAUAUUGUCCCGAUGUAUCCAAAGGGUUCAGCAAGCACUAAUCAGCAGCUCCUUGAAACAUUCGAGUCGUAGGCGUUCCUCGAGCUCAAUCAACAUGCCAUGCAUAGAUAGGGACGUGUUCCUACCGAUGUGAAGAAAUGUCCAUCAAAAUUGACUGAAUUCAUACUUGAAAAAGAGAUGCAUUACAGUUUCUUCCAAUCCAUCAGUGCAAAGU